GCUCAUCUGAUGUGACAUUUAUACAUCAAAUAUUAAAGUCUGUGAUGAUGUGUGCUUCUGAUGAACAUGUUUUCUGAAUCAAUAUGCUUAAUUAAUAACUUCUAUUGAUCACCUGCAGCUUUUUAAAGGGACAGUUCACCCCAAAAUCUAAAACACAUGUUCCUCCUCUCAGCUGUACAGCUGUUAAUCCAUCUGGACUGUUUCGGUCUGAGCGGCAGAGCUUUGGAGAUAUCGGCCGUAGAGACGACUGCAUGUUUGAAUAUAACGGGACAAUAUGGCGCUCGGCUUGUGGAGCUCAAAGCGCCAAAAACUACAUCUGAAAAACUCAACAGCGACGUCUCUUUCCAGAACUCGGCUGCUGGAGAUAAUCCUAAGACUUCGUGUAAUCCUGAUGGGUUUGGACUCAGCUGGAAAGUCGACUCUGCUGGCCAGACUGCUGACAGGACAGGUGAUGGAAACGUCCCCGACCGUCGGAUUCAAUGUGGGAACUUUGCAACUGGACAAGAAGACGUCUCUGACUGUGUGGGACGUUGGAGGACAGAAGAGCAUGAGACCCAACUGGAGGUACUACCUGGACGACUGUAAGGCUCUGGUUUUCGUGGUGGACAGCAGUGAUCCGACCCGGAUACCGGAGGCCCAGAAAGUCCUGAAGAAGGUCCUGGGUGAUGAGAAGUUACAAGGAAUUCCUCUGAUGGUUCUGGCCAACAAGAAGGACCUGCCAAACUCCAUGACCAUACGAGAGAUCUCCAAUCAGCUGGAUCUGCCCAGUUACACCAACCGGCUGUGGGAGAUUCAGGCCUGCAGCGCUCUGAAGGGACUUGGCCUCCAACAGGCCUUCAUGUCUGUCAACAAGCUCAUCAAGAGGAGCUGAGAGGAGGAAGAGGAGGAGGAGGAAGACGAUUAAAACUAAAACUUUAAACUUAUUAUUGAUACUGAAUAAAGAUGUAAUAAUACAUACAUAAACAUGAUUGAUUGUUCUGAUUGAUCAUCAAACUUUCAGCAGGUUUAAAAAAUCAUUUCGGGGAUUUUUCUUCUGUUUUAGCUCAAGUAUUCAUUAUUUCAGCCAAUCACAACGCACUAUUUUACUAUCCAAACUCUGCCUGGUAACAGUGUAGACUAACCAAUCAAUAAAUGUCUUGAUUGAUCAGUUGCCAGGUGACAGAAGUCCAAGAAAUUAAUUUGAAGAUUUUUUCAUCAGACGUGAUGAACUGUCUUUAAGGAAACUUUCCCCUGUUCGGUUCAGUUCAGGUGAACUCAGGUGUGUUUACCUGUUGAGUGCGGUUGUGUGAAAGCUGUCAGACUGUGAUGUGGACUAAACAGUCAGACUGAGACCACCUGGGAAGGAGGGUCUCAGUCUGGGUCAAAGGUUGUGGUGUGAAAACAAACAGACCAGAUUUUAGGAGAGUACAUAUUUAAUUGAAUGAAUUAAAUCUAAAGAACUAUUAAACUGUCCAAUCAGUGAGUCGGCUGUCAGUCAUGUGACUUCACGUCAAUCUGAAUCUGAGUUCCUGGGGGGUCCUGAUCCUCAGUAACCUGACCUGACCUGGGCCAAAUAAACUCCACCACAGGUGUGAAAAUGACCUUAAAAAGAGACGGAAAUACGAAGAUAAAAGUGCUAAUAAGAGUUUUGUUACUUUAAAAGACGAAUUUGAGAGUAAAACCAACAGUUCGCAGGAGUUCUCGAGUUUAAAGACAGAUGAAAUCAUCGUUUUCUUCACGGGAGAAAGAUAGAUCUUUGUAUUUGGUUGUUUGCUCUAACUUUAUUGUCCCAUGACCUGUUGGAUGUGUUUGCCGUCCUCUGUAAAUCACAUCUCCCCUCGAGGGACAAUAAAGACCUGACCUGACAAACGAA